AUGAUUUUGCUUUAUGAAGGACACAGCUACCAGAGUCAUGGAAGUAGGCAGGGAAAUAGAAAGAAAGACAACAAAAGAAAUGCUGCAGACAGAGCAAACCCUGAACAGAAAUCAGAAAACAAUGAAAAACAAGCUAGGACAAAAGAAGAAACAACAUUAGAGACUGUGGCUUCGUUUCUUGUACAGCCUUGCUCUAAAGGCAUUGCAGUAGAUGAUCCCUUGAAGACAUCUCCAGAUGAUAUUUCCACUCUAGCCACUGAUAUUGAGGCAGAGCUUCUAAUCUGCUUCUUGGAAACUGGGGAAGCCUGGAGCAUUAUUCUGAACCCAGUCUCUCUCCAGAAUCACCUACACCAAGCUGCUUGCUCUUGGUGCUUACAGAGAGAUUCUGAAGCUGCUGCAGAAGUAUCUUUUUCAGUUAUGUACACACCAUUUGUGAAAGGAGACAAGGCUGACAAAAUAAAGGAGGCAAAUAAAAACUUUGCUAAAGAGCACCCUGAUUACAUGCAGCUCAUAUUCACAGCAGUGCUCACUGACUGUGGGUUUCAGAAACAAAAAAAUUUGGAAAGGUCUUUAACUAGAAAACUGCCAAUAUUUUCAGACCAGAAGGCACCUUUCAGUCCUACCAUGGAAGAAGAAACAAAACAAUCUGGGGACAGAACUGGGGAAAAAUAUGUCAUGGAUUUUAUAAGAAGCACCACUAUAAAAAUUUCUUUUUGCAAUAACCGGAGGGAGGAGGAGCAGCCCCAAGUGAUGAAUCAAGUGAUGGCUGAGCUGGUGACCAUCCGUCUGCAGGAAGCCACUUGGGAGGGUGCAGAGCUGCUGCAGUCACUAAUGGCUGAUGCCAUGGACAUCCUUGAAGGAAAAAGUGAAGAACAUGCGUGGACUAAAAUUGAGAAGGCUUAA